GAUGGGUGGCAGCUGCUGUCUUGUUACCACCCAGCCAGCUGUUUUAUAAACCAAGAGCCUCUCGGCACAUAGGUGUAGCAAGAGCCGUUUUUGCAGUUUUGUUUGUCUUAUCCACCCAAGAUAAAGGAAGGAGAUAAACAGAGAAUAAAUUUAUAAUGGCUGCAAUUGCGAUUGGUGGUGUUUCAGGGGCUGCCAUUGGGGCUGCCGCUGGCAUGGCGGCCUUAGCAGCUGUUCCAGUAGUGGUAGGAGCUCUGGGUUUUACUGCAGCUGGAAUUACAUCUGGAUCCAUUGCUGCAAAUUGGAUGUCAGCUGCUGCCAUUGCCAGUGGUGGAGGUGUGUCUGCUGGGAGCCUUGUUGCCAUACUUCAGUCAAUUGGUGCUGCAGGUUUGUCAGCAGCCACCUAUGUUGCAGGGGCAGCUAUAGGAGGAGCUGGAGGAGGAGCUGGAGGAGUCCUCCUGCGUGCCAUUCUCCGUAUUUGAAAGAGGAAACGGUAGUUUCCAGUGACAAUGCUGGGCUUUCAUUGUAGCGAAACAAACUCUACAGAAGGAACCACAUCUACCCUGAAGAGAUGCGUCCUACUUGUCUUCUCUGCCAUAGAUUUGGGGGGUGGGGGUGGAAAUCCAAUGAUUUUUUUUUGAGGCUUCAGUUUCUCCGCCGGAAGUUUUUCACUUUAACUUUUUAAGGUCAUAUUGUAUGGGAACUUCUCUUGCUAUGAUCUUAGUAGCUUUGUGCCAGGUUGGAAGAGCUUCUGUGUUGUUAGCUAUAGUACUGCCUAUUACACUGGUUACAUGCAAAUUUUAUGGAAAUAAAUAAGGCAAUCUGACUCUGGGCCUCUUCAGAGAUAGAUAGCUGAGAACUAAUGUCCAGUAGAACAAAUUAACCAAGAAAGGAGGAGGUCCAGUAUAGUAAAUGGAGUUGGGUUAAUGGACCUGUUUCCUUAUAAACAACUUGUUAUUUAAAUGACUGGAAACUCAGUAGUUGUGUUGGUAAAUUGUAAAACUUUUUAAUUAAGUGGGAACGAAGCUAUCUUGGGACAAGUGUCUUUUCAUAAUUCUAUACAAUACUGUUUUAGACAUGAUUGUGCAUGUGUUAGAUUCAUUGUUAGGGAUAUAUAUAAUCAUAAGGAUUAUCUUAUUGACCCAUAAUAUGUAACCGUAUUAAUCAUAUAGGAUAAUCAGCAUUAAUAUAGUAAAUAAAGAACUUUUUAAAAUAAAGAUAAUUAACAUGGCUAAUAAAUAUUGAGUGAAACUGAUACUGAAAUAGAUAAUGAAAGGAGGAAAGACUUUAACUUUUAUAAUCCACAAAUUGUAUGGUUGUGUCCUGGAAUCACAGGCACACAAUAAACUUUACUUUCUUGGAGUACUCCCCGGUUGACCAUUAGAGAAGUUGAAAACUUCUGCAAGCAACACUUUGCAAAUAUGAGUUGAAAGAUACUAUUGGAGAGGAGGAUGAGAAUUGUAUCAGACCUAAUUUUAUUGAGACUCCAGCUGAAAUGCUAGUAAUUAUUGGCAGUCAAUUAGCAGUAGUACUGGUUUUAUUUGUUAGUAGGAUUACUAGUUUCAAGAUAGGGCCUGAACUCCUAGAAUUACAACUGAUUUUCAGGCUAAGUAUUGGGUUUUUUUGAAGAAAAUGACUGCUUUGGAGGAUGUGCUCUAUGGCACUCCAUAAUCAAGGAGAAAUGGAAGGGUGGUCAUAAAAGGUAGGUGCUCUUGGAUUUCAGCUUUUCCUGUGAUAGACUGGGAGAAACGAUUGGUACCUGUAAAGAAAUUAAAGGCCAGAGACUGUGUUGGGUAUUGAAGGACAACUUUCGGCUGGAAUUCUACGAUUUUUCCUCAACACUGAAAGAAACCUAAGAAAACAUUUCGAGAGGUGUUUUUUAGAUUGUGUGGAACAUAACAUGAGCAUAUGAAUGUGGCUUAUCUAGUUAUGACCAUAAAAGUGCCCACUGGCAAAGUAA